UGGCAGUACGUGUCUCCAGUUGAAUAAAAUCCCGGAAAUUCUAUUGAACACCAAAGACAAAACUGUGGACGUUCGGCGCACGUUUGGUUGACAGAUAGCUUGUUAAGAUGUCCAUUGGAGUGCCCAUCAAAGUUCUUCAUGAAGCAGAGGGACACAUAGUCACCUGUGAAACCAACACUGGGGAGGUUUACAGGGGCAAACUGAUCGAGGCUGAGGACAACAUGAACUGCCAGAACAAAAAUCAGGCCGCUGGUGCAGGUCGAGGAAAAGCAGCUAUUCUCAAAGCCCAAGUGGCUGCCAGAGGCCGUGGCCGGGGUGGACCAGGACGAGGGAACGUGUUCCAGAAGAGGCGCUAGUUUUAUGUUGAUUGAUUUUUUUUUUUUUUUUUUAGAUUUUUUUUUACCAUCAUUUUGGUCUGAUGCAUUUUAUAAUGUUCAUUUUAUGCUUUGGGAAAUAAAUGGGUGAUUUUGCUAUUUUCCCUGA